AGAAGCGUUUUGAAGAGGAUACAGUGUAGAAAAGCUACCUCUCCUGAGAAAGUCAACUCAUUUUGGAUAACUGCUGACCAAGUCAGAAGAAGAAGGAGAAGCAGCAGAAAUCCUUAAGAGUUGGAAGUGCUGAAUCUCCUUUUUGGAUACAGUGGGAGUCCUUGAGGUCACUUCUCCCCAAAGGGAGGUUAGAGUGUCAUCAGGGCAGGAAAAAAAAAUCCUUCUCUUAUCCCAAGGCAUCAGGAAACUUCCAGGACCUCAACCUUCUGGCUUGCUCCCCCUGCCCAGUUGCUGCCAUGUAUUCCCUGGUCUUCCUCUGUGCCCAGAAGGUUGUCUCUCACUACUCAACCUUGCAAGAAGCCCUGGGCUUCCUCCCGAAGGAGCUGUAUCCCGUCCUCUUCAAGGCCGCCUUCAUGGACAAGAGAACUCCGGUGCUCCAGCAAUUGGUGGAAACCUGGCCAUUCCCCGUCCUCAGUUUCCAGAAACUCUUGUGCAAGUGUCAGCAUUGUGAGCGGGCCCUGAUCCGGGAGAAGCCGAACAAGUUGUGUAUUCAGGCCAUUAUUUUGGGGGUGGUGACGUAUCUCAUGAAGAUGCUGGAGAAUCGAACUUGCAGCAAGAGCAAGGGGCAGCGUUUGCAGAUCCUUGACAUGACGGGCCUCCAGGACGAAGGGCAGGGCCCGGAGAGCAUGAGCCUGUGGUCCAGGACGGUCACUCUGGCCAAGGCGUGCCUGGACGUCUCCAAGCAGCAGAGCAAGUGCCUGAAGCGCUCCUCCAAGCGGAGGAAGGGCCCCUACAGCAGGUCCGUGGCCCUGCCGGCACCGCAGCCCGUGUCCGUGGACGUCUGGGUGGACCUUUUUGUCAACAGCACCUCCUACGUGGUGCUGAAGGACGCCCUGCAGAUCAACAGCGGCAACGCCCUGCGCCUGCGCUGCCGGGACUUCCGGGCGGAGGAGCUCUCCAUCGCCAGCACCGUGGGGCUGCUGGAGUUCCUGGACCCCGCCGGGGUCCGGCAGGUAGACCUGCGGUUCAACAACCUCGGGCUCUCCGGCCUCAGGGUGGUCCUGCCGCACCUCACCAAGUUCACCAACCUGGCCAGCCUGAAGCUGCCCUACAGCAACAUUGACGUCCGGCGGCUGACGGUGGGCAUGGAAGGGAGCCUGCAGUACUUCGCCACUCAGCUCAGCCGCCUCACCUGCCUCAAGGAGUUGAACCUGGGCUCCUCCAGGCUUUCGGGCAAGCUGCCACAACUCCUGGGAAACCUGCGGAGCCCUUUGGAGAGCCUGGAGCUGGCCUUUUGCUACCUGCUGCCCAACGACUUCGCCUACCUCUCUCAAAGCCUCCACACCUCGUCCCUGAAGAAGCUCGACCUGAGCGGUAACAACCUGUCCGACAGCCUCCUCCAGCCUCUGCAGGGCCUGCUGACCGAGGCCGCCUCCACUUUGCUCCACCUGGACAUCAUGGAAUGCCGGCUGAUGGACCCCCACCUGAACCUGCUCCUGCCCGCCCUCUGCCGCUGCACCCGGCUCCGCUACCUGGGCGUCUUCGGCAACCCCAUCUCGGCCAAGGGGGUGAAGAACCUGCUCCACAAGACGGUGGGCCUCUUGGACUUGCGGCUGGUCAUCUACCCCUACCCCGUGGACUGCUACGGGGACGACCUGCCCUGGCCCCCCACCUCUUCCAACCUGCUCAAUGGCUCCGUGGACGAGGAGAAAUUCUCCCGGGUCAGCAACGAACUCCAGCAGAUGCUGCUGAGCGCCAACCGCGGAGACGCCGUCUGGACCACGAACCUCUGCCGCCACAACAGCCUCGACUAUUUCAGUUUAUAGCCCCGUUGGGCGCCAGUACUCUUCUACUCCUAAAUCUGGAAUAAAGCCCCUCCUCUUCCUUUCUAGUCCGUGAUCUGAGCCCGCUUAGCAGUCCCGGCGGGCGUAAGCCAGAAGCCCUACGCGGAGUAACCCUGCAAGCAGCCGAUUAAGAGCCUGCAGGGUUUUUUUUCCUGAAACUUGGAAACACGCUCUGCCAAUUGUGCUGGGCCCUCAUGGAGCCGGUGAACAGGAGCCGCCUGGCAGGGAUGGAAAAGGGGGCACAUCUGGGGCAGAGAAGGGCACUGCGCCCUCUUUCCAUCCCUGCUGAAGUGGGGAUGCCAGCCCAGAAAGUCUGUCCCAACCAUGGGGUUUUUUCCCCCCCAAUUGCAGACCAUUUCCGGUGCAUGUAGCAAUCGGAGGGAGGGGGUCAUUUUCCUGGCUGUUGGGUUAUUAUUAUUAUUAUUAUUUUUUACUUCUAUACAUCAGAAUGUAGCAUUGUGUUGUUGUGGGGGGGGGUCUGAGAUGGGGGGGGUGCAGGUGGGCGCUUUCCACCUGUUGUCGUUAGCCCUCUCACGUUGUUGAAUAAGGUGGGAGCAGGCAGGUUGUGGAUCUAGAGUUCAGGGGGAAACCUCGUUUUACGAUGGGCGGCGGGAGGGGGAAGAUGGCACAACAGCCUUUAUCUUGAAAUAAAAGACGAUUCCUCUC